CGGCUGCUCCCAUGCAGCAGAUCCGUUUCCUCCAUCCCAACUUGGAAGAGGCGGACGGGACCUUACGACAACCCGCACCGCACAGGAGACAUUUUGUCUUUGGCCCAUCUCCCCAAACCCCCUUGACAACGAAAUUGGCCUUUUAUACCGCCCCCCAAAGCCUCCGAGCUAACAGAACCCCGACGGCUGACAUUGGCAGCCCAACAUCCGAUACUAGCCUUGGGGCGCCGCAAAUGGUUGCUGUUCAAUACGACUAUGUUAGGUAGGUAAGGUAGGCAGCUAAGUGAUUCCCUUCCAAAACCUGUCUGCCAGCGU